UUUGAUGUCCAUAAUCAAACAUCAUUACACACAUGGAAAUCGAGCUCGAACAUGACUGGAACUAUACGGACCAUUGCUGUCAACAAAGCGGAGACCUUGAUUGCUGUUGCCUAUUCGACUGGGGCAAUCUCCUUAUUAGAAUCAAGGACAGGAACCUUGAUUGCUAGUUGGAAGGGCGGUGAUACAGAAAUUACCAUGAUCAAAUUUUAUACAGACGAACUUCUUGUUUCUUGUGCGCCUGCGGAUCAUAUAAUCUGCUGUUGGAACGUUAGUCGUUUAGCGCUUGUAAAAACGAUUCCUGCACCACAAGAUGUUGCCUCGCUUGAUAUUUUCAAGGACGAAAUUCUCACGAUUAACGCUAAUAACUCGGUAUCAUUUAUACCCAUAAAUGAUGAUUUUCAAUCGUAUUCAUCUGCAUUCAAGUCCUCGAUUAUAAAGUCACAAGUGAGCUCAUUUGCAAUUGUACCGACUGAUCAAUUGUUACUAUUCGGCUGUACAGAAGGAGAAAUAUUUCUUUACGCAUAGUAAAAUACUAGCAUAUGCGAUGAUUUGAUCUUGAAUUAUAUGUAUAAAUAAUUAAACUAAUAUUAUUGUACCUUGCUUAUAACAAAUAAAAGAUAUAUACUAUAUAUCUUUGAAUAUUUUC